AAAGGAGAGGGGGGAGAGAAAGAACUGGGAAGUAACAGCCCUCCUCAGAAGAACUGGAAGGGUAUUGCCAUUGCUCUGCUGGUCAUCUUAGUGGUGUGCUCCUUGAUAACAUUGUCCGUCAUCUUAUUAUCACCAGAUGAAAUGUCAAAUUCUUCAGAAACCAUCCUUACUCUGGAAGAUCUUUUUAGAAAAGAGUUUACUGUUCACAAUCCGGAGCCCAGGUGGAUUCGUGAUCAUGAAGUUGUGUAUAAGAACAGAGAUGGCUACGUCAUCAAACUAAAUGUGGAAACAAAUGACACAACCAUUCUACUGGAGAAUGCAACCUUUGUGACAUUUAAAGCAUCACGAUAUUCAGUGUCCCCAGAUCUCAGAUAUGUCCUCUUGGCGUAUGAUGUGAAGCAGGUUUUCCACUACUCUUUUACCGCUUCAUAUGAGAUAUUCAAUAUUCAUACAAGGGAAGUUUGGGAGUUAAAUCCCCCAGAGGUGGAAGAUUCUGUUUUACAAUAUGCAGCAUGGGGAGUUCAAGGACAGCAACUGAUCUACAUUUUUGAGAAUAAUAUUUACUACCAACCUGAUGUUAAGAGCAGUUCUCUGAGACUGACUUCAUCAGGAAAAGAAGGAAUCAUCUAUAAUGGAAUUGCAGAUUGGCUCUAUGAGGAGGAGGUCCUGCGCACUCAUAUUGCUCACUGGUGGUCCCCAGAUGGAGAGAGGUUGGCUUUCCUAAUGAUAGAUGACACGUUGGUACCCAAUAUGGUUAUUCCUCAGUUCACUGGAAGCUUGUAUCCCAAAGGAAAGCAAUUUCCAUAUCCCAAGGCUGGACAAACUAACCCUACAGUUAAACUAUUUGUGGCAAAUCUAUAUGGACCGACUCAUACACUGGAACUUGUACCUCCUGACAGCCUAAGGAACAGAGAUUUUUAUAUCACAAUGGUGAAAUGGAUCAGUAACACCAGAACAGCAGUGAGAUGGUUAAACCGACUGCAAAAUGUUUCAAUCCUAACAGUGUGUGAAACCACCACAGGGGCAUGCAGCAAAAAAUAUGAAAUAACAUCGGAAGUGUGGCUUUCAAAACAGAACGAGGAGCCUGUGUUUUCUAAUGACGGCAAUAGGUUCUUUUUGACAGUACCAGUGAAGCAGGGUGGGCGUGGGGAAUUCCACCACAUCGCUAUGUUUAAUGUGCAGCCUAAAACUGAUCACGUCACUGUGCGACAUCUAACGUCAGGCAGCUGGGAAGUGAGCAAAAUUCUGGCUUAUGAUGAAUCGUCCCAGAAAAUAUAUUUCCUGAGCACUGAAGACUCGCCGCGAGGACGCCAGCUCUACAGUGUGUCAAUCUUUGGUUUGUUAAACCGGCAAUGUUUGUCUUGUGACCUUCUUGGGGAUCAGUGCACUUACUUUAGUGCAACUUUCAGUCCAUCCAACCAGCACUUCCUGCUGCACUGCAAAGGACCUGGCGCUCCCGUGGUUACUGUGCACAGCACAAAUAAUCCCACAGAUUUUUAUACUAUAGAAAGCAAUUCAGUGUUGAAGGAAGCAAUUUCACAGAAACAGAUCUUCAGGAGUGAAAUAAAAAUGAUUCAUAUUGAAGAUUACGAACUUCCUUUACGGCUGUCAUUUCCAAGAGAUUUUACCGCCAAGAACCAGUAUCCUCUUCUUCUUAUUGUAGAUGAAGUACCUGGGAGCCAACUGGUGACUGAUAGGUUUUUUGUGGAUUGGGAUUCCGUGAUUAUAAACUCUGACAACGUUAUUGUUGCUCGAUUUGAUGGACGGGGCAGUGGAUUUCAGGGGCUAAAGAUCUUGCAGGAAGUUCACCGCGGACUUGGAUCAGUGGAAGUAAAGGACCAAAUAUCUGCUGUAGAAUGGUUACUGAAAGAGCCCUACAUCGAUCCCAACAGACUGAGCAUAUUUGGGAAGGGCUACGGGGGAUACAUUGCUUCCAUGAUUCUGAAAGCCAAUGAAAGAAUGUUUAAAUGCGGGGCCUUGUUCUCUCCAAUCACUGACAUGAAAUUGUAUGCGUCUGCCUUUUCAGAACGAUACCUCGGGCUGCCAUCCAAAGAGGAAAACACAUAUAAGGCAUCAAGUGUUCUACACAAUACUUAUGGCUUCAAAGAAAAGAAUUUGUUAAUAAUCCAUGGGACAGCAGAUGCUAAGGUUCAUUUCCAGCAUUCGGCUGAAUUAAUUAAACAUCUCAUCAAGGAUGGAGUGAAUUACACAAUGCAGGUUUAUCCAGAUGAAGGACACAGUAUCACCUCUGAGAAGAGUCGAUUCCAUCUGUACAGCACUCUGCUUCGAUUUCUCGGUGACUGCUCACAAGGAGACGCUCCUAUCAUACAACAGGAACCUGAAGAAGAUGAAUGACAAUGCAGAUCAGCUCAGGAGAUAUUUUGGCUCAGAGAAGCCUUCACACAGACUGUCUCAUGUCAGCUUCUGCGGAAGCUCAGGCAGCUAUGGAUCAGCACACAGCGAGCUACAAACUGUGCAAUACAGACACAGCUCCGACGGGCCACCGAAGAACUAUACUUUCUACCUUGUGGGAGAUGUACAGAGAACUUUAGUUCCCAAGAUGAACCUAGUUUUGCAUACAAUAGUGUAGUGCAUGUUUUCUUCUGUUUGUUUUCAAAGAAAUUGUGCAGAUGUUUAAUUACCGGGAUUAUGCUGUCUCCAUCCCUGCAACGGGAAUUCUGAUGCCCAUGAAACAGUCUCUUGACGAUCUUCUACUAAAGAAAUACAUUAGACAAGUGCAAUUUCUUCCCUGUCCUUGGAAUCCAUUUGAUUAUUAAAGGCACUGUAUUUUCUAUUGUUUCAGUUGAAAAGACAAACCAUGUUAAGUGGGUACUUUUACAUAAAUAUAACUGCCGAACCUUUUACAAAUCCCACAGGCCUACUCUUAACACUGUAUAUUCUCAUAGUUACAGCAGACGGGGCACUUUUUGGUGGAGGGUUUUUGGUACAAUAUGUGUAUGUAUGUUUAUAUGUAUACAUAGACUCAGUAAAAGAAGAGUCUCCCUUGUAUGUUUAAGGGAAACAUAUAUUUUUCCAACCUCACUAGUUUGAUUGAAAUUUUCUGUUUUUUUCAUCCCAGCUGUAUUAUGUGACUCUCAUAUGUCUGGAAUAUUAGUAUCUGGAAGUUUCUGUUUGCACAUGAUUUUUUUCAGUGUAAAUUUAUUACCUGUAUAUCUAAACAUCAACAUUAAAUUAUGGUUUUAUAAAACAAA